CUUUCACAGGAAAUCCAAUGUGCUGUGGUUGAUCAUAUCCAGUCCCUGGUGAAGUCAGAGAAGAGUCGCCAGGUGAUGUGUGGAUCUGGCUUGCUGAGCACCAUCAUAACCUGCUGUCAGGAUGCCUUCCGCAAUGAGAGCCAUCCACUGCAUCUGCCCCUCACUAGAGUGUUUGAGAAGCUUGCAUCACAGGCUAUUGAGCCAAAUGUGUUAAGCUCUCGUUCGGUGCCUAGGGGAUCUGCAUUGGCACUCCAGACUGCAAUGAGUCUCAUCUCCAUGACAUCACCUAGAAACUUCCAGCUCCGCAACACUGCUUUGGCUCCAUCGUUUGUGGAGUUUGACAUGUCCAUUGAAGGAUAUGGGUGUUUAUACCUCCCUACCUUGGCUACUGUCAUGGGACCCAGUGCAGAGAAAUCUGUCUCAGGAGGAAUUGGCAUUGGCACCAGAAUGUUCCCUCCCUCAAAUGGCCUGACACUCUCCUGCUGGUUUCUCGUUAGCAAGUUUGGUUUGGUGCACAAUAGUCACCCACUCCGUUUCCUCACGAUUGUAAGGCAUAUGUCAAGAACAGAGCAAGAAUUUGUUUGCUUUUCAGUAAGCUUCUUCCCACAAGACCUUUCUUUGGUCAUUUCCACAGAAGAAGUAGAAUUCCAGUCACUUGAUAUCAUGGAACCUGAGGACGAGGUCCUCAAUCCCUCCCCAUUUCCAGGACAAGUCCAGUUUGGCUGUGGCAAGCUGCUGGUCACCAGCCAGUGGCAUCAUCUCACAGUGACAGUUGCUAAGGAAGCAAAGAAGAACUGCAUUGUGUCAGCUUAUAUAAAUGGUCAGAUGCUUGGCUCUGCAAAGAUGCAGUAUCUUCAGCCCUUACCAGGUAGCUGUAUUUCCAUGGAACCUUCUUCCUUUAUUGAUGUCUAUGGCUACAUAGCUACUCCCCGAAUUUGGAAACAGAAGUCGUCCUUGACCUGGCGCCUUGGCCCUACAUACUUGUUUGAAGAAGCCAUCUCUGUGGAAACCAUGGAGGUGAUUAAUAAGCUCGGCCCACAGUAUUGUAGCAAUUUCCAAGCAGUACAGCUUCAAGGUGAGGACCAGUACAGUGAUCAUAAUCCAACUUCUCUGCUGGCAGAAGAAAAGAUUUCUUUUGGGAUCAAUGCCAUGUGCUCAUCUCUUACUACAGUCCAAGAUAUAAAGAGCUUCUACAAUGAAGUGGAUGGCCGGCUGAUAGCCAAAGAGAUUGGGAUUAACUCUCGGGACAGUUCAACUCCAAUAUUCCUAGCUAAGAAUAUUGCUGGACACCUCUCAGGUUCCUUGCGGACAAUUGGGUCAGUUGCUGUGGGCCAAUAUGGGAUAAGAGUGUUCCAGUCCUCUCCGGCAGCUACUAGCCUGAACUUUAUUGGAGGUCCUGCCAUUCUCCUGGGUGUCAUUGCUAUGGCCUGUGAUGACCACACCAUGUAUGCAGCUGUCAAAGUCCUGAGCUCCAUCCUGAACAGUAGCCCAAUGAGUGAAAAAUUGAUGAGGCACAUGAAUGGUUACCAGUUGCUGGCCUAUCUAUUGAAGAUGAAGACACAGCUAUUAAACAACAGGAUUUUGCAGUUAAUUUUCUCCCUAGUGGGCACAGCUGAGCUUGGCUUUGAGUCUUCAGUCAUAAAGAAUUAUAGUGCAUUCCAAUAUGUUCUCUGCAACUUUGAGCUUUGGAUGAAAGCACCAGAAAAUCUUGACCUUGUUCUUUUUUCACAUCUUGUGGAAAUCCUGCAGUCCUCCAGAGAUGGAUGUCAGAAUGCUGCAGUUGCCUACCAGGUGCAAAUGGUGCCCAAGCUCAUUUUCCUCUUCAGUGAUCCUGAAAUCAGUAACUCCAGGAUUACUGUGGCCUGCACUAUUCUCUCCCAUCUGCUGCAAGGAUACUUUAACAUGAGGGAUGUUCUUAGGAUUGGAUUGUUCCUUGUUUACACUUUGAAACCUUCUUCUGUGGAUGAAAAUCAUAUUUGCCUGGAUGGUGAGGCUGAGAUGCUGAAUGAAGUCUUAAGCCAAACAUCUGGAAGGACAAUCUGGCUUCGAAACCAGUUACUGAAGAUGCUGUUAGAUGUAAUUCGUUCAGACAAACUUCAUCUGUCCUCUGAGCAACAAGAAGAGACAUUUUUGGCGCUGGGACCAGACUGGUUUCUGCUGUUCACACAGAGCUACCUGCACUCUAGCACAGUUGUGCUAGGAAUCAAGCUACUUCUGUGUUUCCUCCACAAUCGUUUGCUGCUGAACAAAUUCAAGGAGGGGAUAGUAGCGGGGCGCUGGCUGGAAAACAGCUCUGCAGGAGUGACUGUUCUAAUGGAUAAUUUAAAAACUCCUCCUCCAGUGCCUGACAAUGGCUCCUUCUUGAUUUUUGGGUUUUCUGUGUUGCAAAGAUGUCUGACUGAUCAUGUCCACAUCCCUGAGAUCUACUUGCUCGUGGCAGGGCUCUUUCUGGCAACUCCACCAUCUGAACCACCUGAAGUGGCUAAGAAGGAUCUUGAGUCUAUGUUGCAGUGGAUCUUACAGCACCACCUUAUGGAGAUUGUCCUUGAAAUCGGGUUGUGUGCAGAGGCAGCUGCUUUACUGCUGGAAAUGGUUAGAGUCACUGUGGACAAGCCUGUUGCAGAUGCAGAAGCCUCCUGGGAGAUUGCCUAUCCAGGGAACGUUAUCCAGUUUCUGUGCUUCACCUAUCGCAUUUAUACUCAGGAUCCCGUUUGGCACUGUCCUGACUUCUUGAAAGCUUUGGCUAUGGUUGCUUUCCAUUCUGGACCACCCAAGGCUUCUCCAGAGGAUGCCACCGGUGAGCAGAAGAGACAUUUUCAGACAGCAGUUUUGCUGUCUGCUAUGGAUGUCUUCAAUGUUACCACCCAAGGCGAGGUGAAAACAAGACCAAGAGGGAGCAGUGAUCCUCAUGGCACUUCAGAAUCAACUAUGCCUGUCUCCAUGAUGAAUAUUGCUUACUUUGCUCAGAAGCUGGUUGAGAAACUGAACAGCAGAAUGUUUGCUGCUGACCCCAAGCAAAUCCUGAUCUUCACUGCCAAACAGAUUGCAGGGGUCUUAGGAAGCUCCAUUUCUCAAAAGGAAGUUCUCCUCAGUGCCCUGUACAGCUGUCUAAACAGAGCCAUCCUAUACUGCCUAUCCAGACCACAACAGUCUCUGCCUGAACAGUUUAAUGUCCUGAACACUCUCAAUGUCCUGCAGGAGCAGUGGGACCUUAUUCUUGCAACUUACAACUCAAAUAAUAAUUUUGUCAUCUGCCUAAUGUACUGCCUUUGCCAACUGAAUUCGGGCAGCUGUUUAGAAGGUUUUGGGUUGGAUGCAAAACCAAAGCUCGCUUCGUAUCACAAAAUUUUCCUUACACCCAGUGAAGAGGAAAAGGGCAACCUGCCUACUCCAGAUGAUGUGCAUCAGGAGAUUCUGAGAACAGUAGAAAUCAUAUGGAAGCAGCUCAUUUCUCAGAGGCGGCAGGCUCUGGAGGACGCUUACAAGAUGGAUCUUUCUGUAAAAGGAAAUGAUAGAGAAAGGGACAUGAAGUUAACAGAAAUCACUCCUUUAUGGGAAGAAAUUAUGACAAAAGCUUGGCAACACUUGAUAGCAUCUGAAAAGAAGCUUCUCCAGAAUAAAGCAGGGCCAGGCCUGUCACAGAGCAAGCACAACUCCUGGAGUGAAAGCCUCUCUUCAGCUAUGAAGUUGAUGCCUGGCCGAAACACAAAGGAAAUUACAUGCAAAUCUGAGGGAUUUGUAUCAUGUAUGGAGCAAUACCGAAGAACUGGGCAGGAGCUAUAUGCCUCUUUGCACAAGAACCACAUGCAGGUAAAGAACCGGAAUGUUGUGCAACAGCUUUCUAUUGCUGAAAAGAUGAUCUUGCACUACCCUGAGAAACUGGGCAUGUCAGAAAUACUGCAGUGUGGUUACAGCAAAGCAGCAAAGGACUGGAUGAUACUUGAGGAGCAACUUUUCUAUGGAAGGGGCCCAUGGAGAGAUGCAUCACGAUCAUUAGAGCCACGAUGGAUUCUUGAUUGUUACGAAGGGCCUUCACGAAUGAGGAGAAGGAUUCAACUUGUAAACACCCGAGCAACAAGGAUGCGAAUGAAGAGCGAGGUAGAAAGCUUUCACAAGAGGCACACAAUUUCUGCAGCAGUUGCUGGAGAGCUGACAUUAAAUGGAGCAGAAAGGGAUAUGGAUAAGAAGGGAUUGGAUUGUAACCAGCUAACGUUCUUCCCUGCUCUACAUGAAAGUUUCCAUUCAGAAGACUUCUUGGAACUGUGUGUGGAGAGACAAAUUAUAUUGCAGGAGUUUGCAGAGAGUGAAAAGGUCACAUUCAAGUGCUCUGUGGCAGUUGUGCAGGGGCAUAGAGCAUUGGAAGGAGUGCUGCUCUUUGGCAAAGAGCACUUUUACAUCUGCGAGUGCUUUGUGUUAUCCCCUCUAGAGGAAGUGUACUGCACACGUCACUGCUUGUCCAGCAUCAGUGAUCCAUUUAUUUUCAACUUAUGUCAUAAAGAUCAUGCUGUGGGAGACCAGACGUGUUCUCGUUAUUCAUAUCAUGAUAUAAAAGAGAUUCAUUUGAUGCGCUUUCUUCUGCAGGAGAUAGCCUUGGAAAUAUUCUUCAAAAAUGGUUAUUCCAGAUUUCUCGUCUUCCAUGACAGUGACCGAAAUAAGAUAUUUAAGAGAUUUUGCUCUUUCCAACCUGCUUUGAAGUCAAAGGGGAUAACAGAAGAGUCCCUGAAUAUAAGGAAGCACUCAGGAGGGGAAAAGAUAAUGCUCCAGAAGUGGCAGAAGAGGGAGAUCAGCAACUUCGAUUACCUCAUGUACCUGAACACGUUGGCUGGCCGCAGCUACAAUGAUUACAUGCAGUAUCCUGUGUUUCCAUGGGUCCUCGCUGACUAUCACUCUGAGACAUUAAACCUUACUAAUCCUCAUACAUUUCGGGACCUGUCAAAGCCCAUGGGAGCACAGACAGUGGAGAGGAAACGCAAGUUCCUCCAGCGCUACAAUGAGGUGGAGAAGAGUGAGGGAGACCUGUCAGCACAGUGCCAUUACUGUACUCACUACUCAUCAGCAAUUAUAGUGGCAUCUUACCUGGUCCGAAUUGAGCCAUUUACCCAGACCUUCUGUUCUCUGCAGGGCGGGAAUUUUGAUGUUGCUGACAGGAUGUUUCACAGUGUCAAGAGCACGUGGGAAUCAGCAUCAAGGGACAACAUGAGUGAUGUCAGGGAACUCAUCCCUGAAUUCUUCUACUUGCCAGAAUUCCUAACCAAUGCAAAUCACUUUGAACUUGGCUGCAUGCAGGAUGGAACAGUGCUGGGAGAUGUGCAGCUUCCUCCUUGGGCAGAUGGGGACCCCCAUAAAUUCAUUCUCCUGCACAGACAGGCACUGGAAAGUGACUAUGUCAGUGCACACCUCCAUCGCUGGAUAGACCUGAUUUUUGGCCACAAGCAACAUGGCUCAGCUGCAGUGGAGGCAGUUAACACCUAUCAUCCUUACUUCUAUGGAAACAAGACGGACCUCAACAACAUUAAAGAUCCUCUGAUUAAGAGCACCAUCCUGGGUUUUAUUAGCAACUUUGGACAAAUACCGAAGCAGGUACCACUUUAUCAUAAGAGAUUAAAUAUGUUCUAUGUCUUGUCAGACUGUCCCAGGGGAGCUAUUGGGCACAUUGUUCAUACUGAGAAGGGCAUUCUGGCUGUCGAAAAAAAUAAAGUUUUGAUUCCUCCUCUUUGGAGCAAAACAUUCUGCUGGGGAUUUGAGGACUUCACCUGCUGCUUUGGCAACUAUGGGUCUGAGAAGAAUAUGACUACCUUUGAGAGCAUGGCAGAUUGGGGAAAGUGCCUCUGCGCUGUGUGUCCUUCAGCAACUACAAUAAUCACAUCUGGAACAAGUUCAGUUGUGUGUGUCUGGGAAUUUUCCUUGGUCAAGGACAAAGUGAAAUGUCUGAACCUGAGACAGGCUUUGUAUGGGCACACUCAGGCAGUGACCUGCCUUGCUGCGUCUCUGACCUACAGCAUCUUUGUGAGUGGAUCUGAUGACAGAACCUGCAUUAUCUGGGACCUGAACCAGCUGAUGUACAUAAACCAGCUUCCUGCCCACAGGGCAAGCCUCUGUUCUGUUGCCAUCAACAAUUCCACAGGUGAUAUUCUCUCUUGUGCUGGAUCUUACCUAUAUCUGUGGACAGUCAAUGGCCAGCUUCUCGCAAGCAUUAAUACCACGUGCAGCCCCAAAAACCAUAUUGUUUGCUGCUGCUUUGCUGAAGUGAUGGACUGGGACAUACAGAGCAUCGUCAUCACAGGAAGCACAGAUGGAGUAGUGAGGCUGUGGAAGACUGAAUAUACCAAUAACACAGACCAAGCUGCUGGGCUGGGACCACAGAAAAGCACAAUGGAAGAGCCAGGCAACACAGGUAACAAGUGUGGAAAACAUCUUGUUCUCUGUCGGGAACUGAAUCCCAGCCUUGCCUUGACUGGAAAACCAAGUAAGACCAGCCCAGCAGUGACCGCACUGGCUGUAUCCAGAAAUUCCUCCAAGCUUCUAGUUGGUGAUGACUGGGGAAGAGUCUGUUGCUGGUCUGUGGAUGGGUAG